UGACAUUGCACUUCUCUUCCAGUUUCUCUGCUUUUUAUUAUCUAGCUACUAGUAUAAGAAGUCACUAACUCUAUUGACGUCAAAUGUUUUAAUUUCCGAGUUGCUCUCUUUACCUUAAUAACACAAUGUCAACUCAUAAGUUCAAUUCAUUACUCCUUAUGUUCUGUUCUCUUUCUCUGUUCCUACACCAAUCCUUGUCUAAUACGGAUGAUCAAGAAACAAAUGAUCAUGAUAUUAACUGGUGGUGUAGUAAAACUCCUCAUCCUGAUCCAUGUAUUCACUUCAUGUCCCGUGAUGCCAACAGUUCCAUACCUAAAAAUAAAUCCGAGUUUCGGACCAUGACGGUCCAGGUGGCCAUGGAUCAUGUCAUUCAGGUGCAGAACCACGCAAAGAACGUAAGCCAACAUUGCAGGGGAAAACGCAAGAGGUUAGUAUGGAUGGAUUGUGAAAAGCUCAUGGAUGACACUAUCCUCCAAUUGAACCGUAGUCUCGAUGGCAUCAAAUCGAAUUCAAAUUCUUUUUCUGAUUUUGAUGCGCAAACUUGGCUCAGUGCCUCAUUGACUAACAUUGAAACAUGUCUAUCUGGAUCAAACGAUCUUAAUGUUUCAAACAUCCUCCAGCCGAAUUUAUCCACUAACGUUUCUCAGCUGAUUAGUAACUGUUUAGCUGUAAAUGGAGAGUUCUUGGAGGCAGAAAAUACAACGCAAGUUGGUGGAUUUCCAAAUUGGCUUACAACAAGUGAACGAAAGUUGUUGCAAACCUCGUCAAUAGAUUUGAUGGCUACGAGGGCCAAUUAUGUGGUGGCUAAAGAUAAAUCUGGUCGAUUUCGGUCCAUUCAGACUGCAAUAAAUUAUGCGGCGUCGACCAGAGUUGGAAAUCAGAGAAUUGUUAUAUAUAUCAAAAGGGGUGUUUAUAAAGAAAAUAUUGUGAUAGGUCCUACUAUGGGGAAGUUCAUGUUAGUUGGUGAUGGCUUGAGAAACACUAUCAUAAUAGGCAGCCGCAGUGUUGCUGCUGGUUUCACAACUUACAGUACUGCAACUGUUGGGGUGGAUGGGAUUGGAUUCAUCGCUCGAGGCAUCACAUUCCGAAACACAGCAGGGCCACAAAACGGCCAAGCAGUAGCUCUGCGAUCAGCAUCAGAUCUUUCAGUGUUCUACUCUUGUGGUUUUGAAGGCUACCAAGAUACCCUCUUUGUCCAAUCUCAACGGCAAUUCUACAAAUCAUGUUAUAUCUACGGCACCAUAGACUUCAUCUUCGGCAACGCCGCAGUUGUUUUCCAGAAUUGCAUAAUUUACGUCCGAAAACCUUUAUGGGGUCAAGUGAACGUGAUCACAGCACAAGGAAGAAAUGAUCCUUUUCAGAACACGGCCAUUUCAAUUCACAACUCUCGCAUUAUGGCAGCACCAGAUCUUCGGCCAGUAAUUGGGUCGUUUCAAACGUAUUUGGGACGUCCGUGGCAACAAUAUUCAAGAACGGUUAUCAUGAAGACUUAUUUAGACACUUUAGUUAAUCGAGCAGGUUGGUUGACUUGGUUAGAUUCUAAUUUUGCUUUGAGUACAUUGUAUUACGCGGAAUAUGGUAAUAUUGGACCAGCAGCUUCGACAAGGUAUAGGGUGAAAUGGCCUGGUUAUCAUGUCAUAAAGAAUGGCAAAGUUGCUUCCAAGUAUACUGUUGCAAGCCUUAUAGCUGGCCAGGCGUGGUUGCCUUCUACUGGUGUGCCAUUCACUGCGGGGCUCUGAACAAAUGUUAUUACAAUUGAUGUCAUUUUUUGCUACCUCCGAAAGAAGUCCAAGUUGCAAAUACAAGAAUAAUACAGACACAUGACAGGCAAUUAUUUGUACAAAGUUUACAUCAAUAAUGCCUACGAUAGGUAUUGUCAACAACAGCCGAAAGUUUCCUGAAAUGAGGAAUGUUUAAUCAACAUCAUCAAAGGUUUUAGCAUUCCGGCUGGCUUACCUUUGCAUUUGGUCGAUGAAGUGUACAUCUCAAUCAAUUAUGGUGAUGAAUUCCAUUGGGUUUUGGCCGUCGUCGUUCUAAAAGAAAGGUGCAUCCUCGUUUAUGACUCGAUGUUGUGAAGGAGACGUUUCAGGCCUUCGUCUGAGAUACAAAAAUUGGCUAAAAUAUUGCCUACUUACCUUGAUAUAAGUGUCUUUUUGGACCAAAAGGUUCGUACUGAUUGGUCAACGAUUGAAGCAUA